CUACUCUUCACUUCUCCCCUAUUUAAACCACUCUAUCCUUUCCCCCCUCUCUCACUCCAACCCCCAACCCAAUUAUAUCUCUCCCCAUCUUACCUUCUCAUAUUUUUUCCCCCUCAUCAACUUCUUCAUCUUGAUCUGUAUAUCACAGAGUAGUAAAAUUAAAGAAAAAUCACCUGAAGAGAGCGAAAAAUGGCCGUCGAUUCCGUCAUGGCAUCCCCGUUGGGUCCUCCGGCUUGCGAAAAAGACGCAAAAGCCCUCCAGUUCAUCGAGGAGAUGACCCGAAAUGCGGACGCCGUCCAAAGGCGGGUGCUCGAGGAGAUCCUGAGCCGGAACUCGAAGACGGAGUACCUCCAGCGCUACGGCCUCAACGGAGCCACCGACCACCAGACUUUCAAGUCCAAACUUCCGGUGGUCACCUACGAGGACCUCCAGCCGGACAUCCAGCGCAUCGCCAACGGCGACCGCUCCCCCAUCCUCUCUGCUCACCCCAUCUCCGAGUUCCUCACCAGCUCCGGCACAUCAGCUGGAGAAAGGAAACUGAUGCCCACCAUCAGGGAAGAACUGGACCGCCGUCAACUCCUCUACAGUCUUCUCAUGCCCGUUAUGAACCUUUACGUGCCUGGAUUGGACAAAGGAAAGGGGCUCUACUUCAUGUUUGUUAAAUCUGAGACGAAGACACCGGGCGGGCUGGUGGCCCGCCCGGUGCUGACCAGCUACUAUAAGAGCGAGCACUUCAAGACCCGCCCGUACGACCCGUACAAUGUGUACACGAGCCCGAACGAGGCGAUUCUCUGCCCGGACUCGUUCCAGAGCAUGUACGCCCAGAUGGUCUGCGGGCUGUACGAGCGGGAGCAGGUGCUCCGCCUCGGCGCCAUCUUCGCCUCCGGCCUCCUCCGCGCCAUCCGCUUCCUCCAGCUCCACUGGGCGGAGCUGGCCCACGACGUCCGGACCGGGGCCCUCAGCCCGCAGAUAACCGACCCGUCGAUCUCCGCCUGCAUGGCGCGGAUCAUGAGGCCCGAUCCGAAUCUGGCGGAUUUCAUAACCCGUGAGUGCUCCAAGGAGAACUGGGAGGGGAUCAUCACGAGGAUCUGGCCCAGGACGAAGUACUUGGACGUGAUCGUCACCGGAGCCAUGGCACAGUACAUUCCGACGCUAGAGUACUACAGCGGCGGCCUUCCCAUGGCGUGUACCAUGUACGCGUCAUCCGAGUGUUACUUCGGCCUGAACUUGAACCCCAUGUGUAAACCCUCCGAGGUUUCCUACACCAUCAUGCCCAACAUGGGCUACUUCGAGUUCCUCCCGCACAACCCGGGUUCCGGCGACGCGGUGCCGGCGAAGCUCGUUGACCUGGUCAACGUCGAGGUGGGGAAGGAAUACGAGCUGGUGAUCACCACCUACGCCGGACUCUGCCGUUACCGGGUCGGGGACAUCCUCCGAGUCACGGGGUUCCACAACUCGGCGCCCCAGUUCCACUUCGUGAGGAGGAAGAACGUGCUGUUGAGCAUCGACUCGGACAAGACGGACGAGGCCGAGUUACAGGGCGCGGUGGAGAACGCGUCGAAGCUGCUCAGUGAGUUCAACACCAGCGUGGUGGAGUACACGAGCUACGCCGACACGAAGACGAUUCCGGGGCACUACGUCAUCUACUGGGAGCUGCUGAUGAAGGACCCGUCGAACUCGCCGAGCGGGGAGGUGCUGGACCGGUGCUGCCUGGCGAUGGAGGAGGCGCUCAACUCGGUGUACCGACAAGGCCGAGUCGAGUGCAACUCGAUCGGGCCGCUGGAAAUCCGAGUCGUGAAGAGCGGGACCUUCGAAGAGCUGAUGGACUACGCGAUCUCGAGAGGCGCGUCGAUCAACCAGUACAAAGUCCCCAGAUGCGUUAGCUUUGCGCCGAUCAUGGAACUGCUCGACUCGCGAGUGGUGUCCACGCACUUCAGCCCGUCUCUUCCCACUUUUAUCCCUGAACGAAAGUCUUAAUGCGCCGUUUGACUAGUUCCAGUCAACGCCUAUUUAGUUUUUUUUCUUAAGUUUAUAUAUAUAUAAAUAUAUAUAAGGAAAAUGGGUUAUGUAUUUUGUCAUUGUGAUUAGAGAUCUCAGUGUAACUAGCCGAUAAUUAAUUAGGGAUUAAGUUUGAAGAUUUAGGCUUCACAACAAUGCUAUGGCAUGUGAAAUGGAUGUAAUAUGGUGCCAUGCUAUGCUGGAUGGUU